AUGUCUUCUCGAGGCGUUCCAGAAGUCCUCUUCAAAAAGGUGGACGAGUACGUCGACUCUCUCGCCCCUCAGAUCCAACCCCGCAUCACCUCCGAGCUCGAAACCUUUCAGCAAAAGACCAUCGACAGCCUGGAGGAUAAGGUCGUCGACGCCUUCCGCUCGCUCUUCAACAAAGACAAGGAUUCUUCUUCGGGUUCGAGGGGCUUGGAUGACUCGGCGCCCGAUGCUUACGGUGGCCAGUCGUUGCCGUUUGCGGACGAGAUUGCAAAGUUGACCAGGAGCUUUACGAAUAUUACUGAUGAGGCAAGCGAUGACCUGCGCGACAUUUUCGAUAUAACCGAGGGACGAAGCGGUGGUGGACAGACUGAUACAAGGGCUCUUGGGGGAGACUCUUCCCGUGGUGGUGGAGCAAAGGGUUUCCUAUCGUUUGCCAUCGACGCCGUCCAGGACCAUCUCGAGAACAACAAUGGCAAAGGCGGAGGCGGAGGUCAAGGCUUCGAACUCGACGGUCUUCUCGGCAUCAUCAGCGGCACCGUGAAAGAUGCAGCUCGCAACCCCGAAGAAAAAGCCCGCAUGAUCAGCCCCGAGAUCAAGGAGCAGGUCGGCGCAAAACUCCGCGAACAACACGCCCCCAUCGCCGAACAAUUCACCCGCAUCGCUCUCGACCACAUCAAGCGCUGGCUUCGAGGAAACACGAGUACAAAGGAUCUGGGAGACGGUGUCAAGGGCGAGAUCGAGGACCAGGUAAAGGAUCUUGUCAAGGGAAUUGGUGGCCUCUUUGGGAACAAGAAGCAGUCCAGUGUGGGAUCUGCAAGAGGGUUUGGUGAUCAAGAUCGUGACCGAGCUGACGGUGAUGGAGAAAGUGGUGGCUUUUCAAAGGUCAUCAGUGAUAAACUAAGCACAGGUAUCGCACGAGUCCACAGAGAAGUCCGUCUCGAAUUCCGCAAGAUCCUCGGUGGUAUCGAGAAGCAACUCUUCGAACUGCUCCCCGACCAAUUCCAACGUCCUCUCGAAAAGAUCCUCGGCGGCAACCCCUUCGACGCACAACUCGACCGCGACGCCGGCCCAGGCCAUUCAGCAGAUCGUGGUUUCGGCGACGAUAUCAAGGCCAAGCUGGUCAACAAGAUCCGCGGCCUUGUUCGAAAGGUCCAGGAGACGCUGCGCGAAAGCAUCCUGGGCGUCGUCAACGGAGGACAUCGCAAGUUUGAGCGCGAGAGCUGGGUGUUUGUGCAGAAGACGGUGGAACAGAAGGUGCAGAAGUAUCUGCCCAAGGUCAAGAUCACUGUGCCUGAUGAUAUCGGGAAUGAGGGCGUCAGUGUCGGUGCGCCUACGGGGGCGCAUCUCGGUGGCUCGAACCAGCCUGUGCCGGCUUCACAGGGUGGCCACUCGGGGCAGGGAGGAUACGCGCCUCCGCCUCAGCAGGGACAGGAUUACCAGCAGCCGUAUAAUCCCCCUCCACAGUUCCAGCACGACUCCCGGCCGGAUCAACAGCAGAGUCAGGAUUACAGACCUCAGGGUCACGAUGAUUACAGACCGCAAGGACACCAGGAGUAUCGCCCACCACAGGGGCAGUCUCACCAAGAGUACAGGCCGCAGCAAGAGGGAUAUCGACCGGAUGAGUACAGGCCUCAGCAGCAUCAGCAGCAUCAGCAGCACCAAGAGUACCAUCCUGAUCAAUACCCCCCGCCGCCGUCGGGUCACUCUGGUGGCUACCAGCAGAAUCAGGGUUACCAGCAAGACCAAGGGCACCAACAGAACGAAGGGUACGGACAGAACCAAGGGUAUGGACAAGGCCAGAGCUAUGGAAACAACCCUCGCUACUAA